CUGGCCCUGCAGCCAUCUGUACCGCUGGUAUCAUCACUACCGCUAGUGUCAUCUCUCCAAUUGGUCUCGUCGCUACCUUUGGAUACAGGCAUUCUUUCGGGUCCCCUUCCAGCCGCUACUUCCAUUCUCUCGGCACCUCUGCCUGGAGUAUCGUCUAUUAUCCCUCUGGACCCUCUGGCCUCUCUACCAGCUGUUUCGUCCAUCAUAUCAGCCCCGCUACCAGGAGUAACAUCAAUUUUACCUGCUCCGCUACCAGGUCCAGACUCAGGCCCAUUGCCAGGAGUGACAUCGAUUCUAUCAGCUCCUCUACCCGGAGUUACGUCAAUUCUACCAGCUCCACUGCCAGGCCCAGACUCAGCUCCCCUACCUGAAAUUACUUCCAUUCUCCCAGCUCCACUUCCCGGAGUUUCCUCUGUCAUUCCUGGGGAUCCUCUAGCUUCUUUACCUGUGGUCUCAUCUAUUCUAUCUGCUCCUCUACCUGGCCUUACAUCGAUUGUUAUAUCCUUACCACUGUCGUCCAUUCCCCUUGGUACAGCUUUAUCAUCACUGCCAGGUGCACUACCUACGUCCAUCAUAUCAGUCCCUAGCUCAAUCGGGCCCUUACCAGUCCCAACCUCUAUCGUACCUAUCCCAAGCUCGGUCGGUUCCCUGCCCGGCUCAAUUGGCUCUCUACCACUGCCAACCUCCUUAGUAUCGAUCCCAAGCUCAAUAGCUUCACUGCCAACAGUUUCUUAUCUACCUAACGGCCCAUGCUAUCUGAAAUACGGACUUGGACAGCCUUACGUUAACCCGGCUGUCUGGGGAGCUAGGCUUGCAAGUGUGCCAGUUCCAUCCGUAUUCCUGCCUCCAAUCGUCCCACCACCUCAGUCUCCCGGAGGCAUCAUUCAUCCCACAACAGCCCCCAGUUCUGGGGGAGCAUCAAGAACAUUGAGUGUCAACCCAACGGCCCCAGGCUCUACUGUAGCGACCCUGAGCACCAUUCGUACAACUACUUCAGCAGUCGGUCCAACAUCCAGCCCGGUAUCUUGUCCCACCUCCAAUUUAUCAACCGUGAUUGUUGGCGGAAGACAGUACCUGAUUACUUGCGGCAUUGAUUACUUCAACAACGACAUAUCGUCUCCAUUGUCUCCUACAUUCCCCAGAUCAUACGAAGGCUGCUUGGCUGAUUGUUCAUCCACCCCCAGCUGUGCUGCAGUUUCCUACGUCAAAGGCGGCCCUUGCUACUUGAAGACUGGCACUGGCACUGGCUUCAAGAUUGAUAGUACAAUCAUCGGCGCAAAGCUGAUCAGAAUCUUACCUACCUCUACAUCCGCAUCCGCUAUGCCCACUCCAUCUGGACCAAUUGUCACUGUGACCACGACAGUCUCUAAUACCGGUUACCAGUGCGCCUGCACACCUACUUCGUUCCCUCAGCCCACCCCUGUUACGUGCCCUGCGGAUAACGGCAGCACAUAUACCACCACUUGUGGAGCUAAAUAUGCUGUAGAGUGUGCCUCAGACCGCUACGGCAACGAUAUCCCCGGGGGACUUGUCUUCGUAGACAGCUACGAAAAUUGCCUUGAGAAAUGUGACCAAUUGGCAGGCUGUGUUGCUAUAUCCUUCGUCCCGCGACCUCCUGGCGUCCAAAGCCCUUGCUACCUGAAAGAUUCUACGGGGACUGCUCGCCCGAACCCUGAGGUCAACGGUAGCAGCAAGAUUUCUGGGUGCACAAGGCUCAAGCUGCGACGCAAGCGUGUUGUACAGCCCGCCCACAAGAAGCAGCCCGCACCAAAGAAACAGCUUGAAAAGCGUGUACUGUUCUUGGGUCCUGACUUCACUUUUACCCAGUCCCAAGUUACUGCCACGCAAACCUCCACAGUGGGCGCGACCGCUUUGACGUCAGUAUUCUCCGCCCCCUUUUUCUACAUGACUUUGCUGACCUAA